AGUUGGCUUAGGUGGCGGCGUUGGGGCGGUCACCUCUCUAGCACUCUCUCGCUCCCAGGAGCUAUCGCACCCCAGUCCAAUUUGAAGGGGGGCAACCCCGCACCCAAACGCGGCUCUGUGGCCCAGGCGAGUACCCCACCGCCCAGGCCCGGAGCAUGAGCGUCCGGUGGGCCGGGGCAGGGCGGCGUCGCCAACGCCUCCGUCCCCACCGCUGGCCGCUGGCCAUGGGGCCCCGGCUCCUGCUGCUCGUGCUGCUCUGCAAGGGCUGGCCCUGGGCCUGGGCCUCCGAAGCGCCAAUGCCUGCCACGCUGCCGCCGCCGCCUUCGGCCCGGGGCGUCAAUGGCAGCCCCGUGGCCGUGAUCGGCAGGGAUACCGUAACCGUGGCUUCCACAGUGCCCCAAUCUUCCAACCACAGCGGCGGCCCGGGCGGCCCGGCCCCUUCUUUGAACCAAACCCUGCAGUGCCUGCUCUUCGUGCUGAGUGGCAGCUGCGCGCUCACGGCGUUUUAUUUCCUGGGCCGGGCUUUCAUUUUCGAGGUCCAGCUGAACAAGAAGAAUUACGGGCGCCUCCCCCGCGAAGAGCCCCUGGAAACUGCUUCCACUGACAGCGAUGAAGACACCGUCUUCGAGACCCGCCUCUACAAAUGAGGCCGGCCGGAGCAGCCAAGCAACCCCGAGCCUCAUUCUGUAGACCCACCGAAGCCUGGUAGCAUCAAGAUAUCUUCUUAGCAACACUCCACAAGUGACGUUACAGAAGUAUGCUCCUGCCCAGAUCGAGACAACUGGAGACCAACCACCGACAUGUUCUGUUCAUGGGCGGAGCCGGGCAUUAUUAUUUUUGUUACCAUCUACCUGUAUCAGUCAGAUGAUAAUUAUGUAGCAACAUCAAAUGGAUGUGAGCCACAGGCAUUCUCAGAUCAGCACGUGGCUAAAGGUUAAAUUCAAUUUGGUCUCCUUAGAAAAUGCAGUUCCAUCAGAAGACUUGCCCCAGGCCCAGGUGUUGCCAACAUCUUAAUUAUAUUUUGAAAUACAAAUGGCUUUGUGUCAUCCAUUGCUUGGCUCUCCUUCUGCCCUUUAGUUCCAGGUUGUUCCCUAGUUAGGUGGCCUAAUACAACACAGGUUAGAGAUUUGAACCACAGAAGUCCUCUUAUAUUCACCCCAUGUAUUUCGAACACAUGUUUUAAUAUACAAUAAAAGGCCACAAUACUCUUUAAGUCUUUAAAGGAAAUAAACGUUAUUACUUCCGUU